CUGGUCCCUGAAGUUCCCCCCUCUCCCCUUAUCGCAGCCGCUUUGUCUUGAGUUUGAUGCUUGCUUGCUUGCGACGGUUUGAAAGCAUCAAACCUCUGAACACCCAGUGUUUUUUGCUCUCUUCUUGUUCUCACCCCAUUAGGAUGAUAUUCUACGAUUGUCAAUGACUCCAGGGGUAGGUCUUCCUCUGCAGUGUCACUGUUGAUAUGUUUUCACAAGAUGUUAUCUUCUGCUGGACGGUCAUUCACGAUAGCACUGUCGAUCUUCACAUGCGUCGCCUACAGUUCUCAGACUACUCUUCCUACAGCAUCUGCGACAGCGCUGUCUGCUUUGAUUCCGACUUGUGCGGCGGACUGCGUCAAAGAGUUCAUAAUAACUAACUACCCGACGAAUGCGUGCUCUGAGCGGGACCUCGAUUGUCUCUGUCGGACAAAUACGACCAGUGGUUAUACACUUGGGGAAGGAGCGUUCCGUUGUAGCCUCUCUCUGUGUUCGAUACAGACAGUAUUCAACUCUGACCUGUACGAUAUCUGCGACUCGGUACCCGGAGCCUUGCCACGGACUCAUGCUACGAUCACUGCUACAGUAAUGCCAACGGGAGCAACUCGCACACGAGAGGCUACGACAACGACAGAACCUACUAUAACAACAAGGACAGCACCAUCUAGUUCGAGCUCCGGAUCCAGCUCCAACACCAAUACUAAGCUCACGUCUAGCCCCAAUGCGAACUCGGACUCGCCAACUUCCAACACCGAGCAUGCUUCUGUUACUACUGCAACUUUUCGAAGCCCUUUGACGGUAACUUCCCAGAAUCUUCCUACCAAUACUGGGAACGCUACCAGUAGCGGCCAAUCGGCAUCUGCGAGUUCAUCGGGCAGUAUGCUGGAACCUGCUGCUGUAAUUGGGGUUUCAGUUGCCUCUGGAAUUUCUGGAUUCUUCAUCAUUGGUGUCAUAAUAUUUUUCUGUUGUAGGAAAAUAAGGCGUCGGAACCAGCAGAGCAAAGACCAAAUUUUUUUCGAAAUCGGAGGCGUCAUGUCUGAGCCUCCGGAUUUUGCAUUUCCGCCACGACGGCCGACUGGGCCCCGGCCCAUGCCCAGCGCAACAGACAGGGACUCCGAGACCUCGAGACUGAUAACUCCAUUUGAACCGAGGGCCCAGACUCCCGCAGUUGUCGUUACUGGGCCGGGAAAAUACCACAGUGAUAGCCCAAUGGGGAUACAUAGUGCCGACAGAAUUGGUUUCGCGAUAUCUUCUAAUUCUGAAGUCAAGGCCUCAUUGAGUCAAUCGUCCCCACGAACGCUCUCGGAUUUACUCCCAGAUAAGCCGUCAUUUGGACUUUAUCCAGAGCCAUUGAGAUGGAGUCGCCAAAAACAGCCGAGGCGGAACAGUCAUGCUACUUUAUUUGAAGAGGAUGUGACAAGGCCCCGGAGCUUUCUAGGCGCUUCGUACCGAAAUUUGAAUCCAGCGGAUCCAUCUAGUCGAUCUCAGGGAAGCCGGCCGUACCAACGGGUCCCUAUGGCUGGGUUGCCUGCAAAUCCUCGUGCGAUGCUUCACGGCUUUGGAGAAAGCCAGGGUGGGAAACUUGCCAUGAGAGGUCCGAACUACCGGAAUAUGACUGUCGAUGCAGACACUGGCGAGAAGAUUCAAUCCUCUAGCCAAGCCGACACCUAUAACGGUCUACUGUAUCGCUCUCCUCUUUUAGAUACCGGUGAGUAUAUCGAUGGAUCCCGGCAAGAUCGCGAUGCUGGUCAUACGCGAGUUGUCGGACAGCCAUCGUCUUACGCCGGUGCAAGUCAUUCGUACCAUGAUGCAGAAGCGAAGAGCAACAUGCUAUACAGUCUAGACGACAAGUUCGAGGACAUUGACAUUGAUGGCCAUACUAGCAGAGUACAUCGCGAAUCGCGGCAUUCGGGGAGCCUUCGGCCGCUCACGCCGGUGCGGGAAGUCAGGACGCCGAUACACGAUCCCCCCAGGUGGAACUGGGAAUUCCCCUCAAGUGGCCAUUUUGACCCUCCUCGGAUGCCGUUUUCUGGGGCUGUCAGUGCCGGUCAGGAGAUCAUUUCCAGACCGCGGAUUGUGCGACGGGACGACAUCAAAAGGGUCCAAAUCCGGCGAGGCAAGCCACAUCCCGAGGAUUCAAACGCACCUUAUUCGCCUGAUGACUACUGGCUGGGUCAUAGUCCAGGAUUCGACACAAAAGCUCAAGCAUGCAGGCAGUCGACUGAUUCUAUUCGUUCCAUCGGAAGCAUGAAAAGCCACAUGCCAAAGAGGAAGCCGUUGCCGGUGGGGCGGGAUUUAACCCCGUCGCGCAGCGGCUCCGAUCUGAUACUGCGCGUGGAUUGACGAGAUGCACAAAAUGUAAUAGCUAGUGCUGCACUAUCUCUUGAUGUAGGAGUCCGAGAGUGAGGGUUUUCCU